CGAGUACGACGACGAGGGCCUGACGUGCCACACCGCGCCCGGCGUGGUGUUCACCACCAUGGACGACCUGAAGGAGCACUACCGCUCCGACUGGCACCGAUACAACCUCAAGCGCAAGGUGGCGGGCCUCCCCGUGGUUGGCAAGGAGCUCUUCGAGCGCGUCAUGCAGCAGGCGGCGGCGGGCAAGAACGGCGCGCAGAAGGUGACGGGCACCUCCCACCUGAAGCGCCCGGACGAGCUCCCGCGGUCGGCGCAGAGGGCGCAGAGGUUCGUUCAGUGGGCGGAGAACCACAAGGAGGAGAUCCAGGAGGCUGAGGAGUACGCGCGCAGGCUGGCGGCCGGCGAGAUCUCGGACGGCGAGGACCACGAGGACGGCACUGGCGAGGAUGGCGCGGAGCACGACGAGGAGGGCGAGUCCGACGACGACGGGGACUGGGAGUCCAUGGCGUCGGACGAGGCGGAGGAGGUACUCGCGCGUAUGGAGAAGAUGGCGAUGGAAGACCAGGACGACGAGGAGGACUACGGCUCCGAGAGCGAUGACGACGACGAAGAGAUGCAGCUGGACCUCUCCAACGCCCCCGUUCGCCUCGCGGACAACGGGUACGAGCUCAUCAUCACCCGCGACGACGGCACCAAGAAGCGCAUCGGCCCGCGCGAGCUCCGCCGAUACUACCGCCAACGGCACAGACCGGAGGACAACAGGCAGUCGGUGCUCGCCAUCAAGGCGGAGAACGCCGAGCGCGGUUUGGUCGCCGCGCGCGUCGGCACCGGCGGCGAUAAGCUGGCCAAGUACGAUCAGAACGGUCGGUUCUACGGCGUGCCGCCGCACAUCGCGGCGCUGGUCAAGAGGGCGCAGAAGGCGGCGAGGAGGUACGAGGGGAGCAGGAUGAUCAUGGGUGGCAGCGGGAACAAGAAGUUCGACCUCAACGGGCAGAACGUUAAGACCAAGCUGCCCAAGGCUUGUCCGUAUUAGUCUCGGUUGUAACGCAGCGUGGUACGCGUUCUCCC